UAACAAUCAAGGACGUUACAACCAACUAACAAUCCAACAAAAUGUCAACCUAAAAUUCCUGUACAAACACAAACAAAAUCACAACCCCCCCAGUUCAAUAAACAAUAACAAUCUUGAUUAUAUUCCGAACUAAAUUCAAAGUCAUCACCCAAACAUGGCGCACGCAUUUUUCGCGGAUUCGGCAAAAAGGUCAGAACGCCGUAAUAGAAAAUGGUACAUGGACAACUUGUUGAACGUACUGCAAGCAGCCAAGGAAAACCAGGAGAGAGAGAUCGAUGCAUCUAUUGCGCUUGCUGAGGAACUUAUGCGGAGAUUAAAUGAGCCUCAACCGCUGCCAAAAGUGGUGCCACUGCGGCGUGUGGUACCCACUGAAAUAGACGCCGUGAUGUACCCGAUAGAAGAGGAAGUCCUCGACAUACUACAGAAAAGUACUCAUAAAGGGUCUGCCAAUAGAUAUCUAAAGGAGAGAUACAAAAAAGCACCGGACGAAAAAUUUCUGUACCGCGUAGCUACGAGUUGGGAUUAUGGCUGGCAGCAGAAACAAGCUAGGUUGAAGGCGCGCGACGUGAACUUUGGCCGAAGCUUUAUAUUGCGGCAUACCUUCUACCGCAAGAACAACCUGGCACCCGACCCGCCGCAUUAUGGCCAGCCCAGUGGCGGCCAGACCUCGAUUUGCAGCGAAUAUUCUUGUAACUUCAAUUAGUAACUUGCUAGGAUAAGCUAAGAUAAAAUACACAACGAACAAACUAUAAUACAACAGUUCAUCAAUAUUUUCAAUAAAAUUGGUAUAAAUAAUAGACGAAAUAUAGCAAAAAACAUAUAUUUUAU